AUGUCUUACUUCGCACACACCACCCCUUUCGCCUCCAACCCGCUCGAGACUAAGGAUGACCUCGCUAAAUACCUCAUUGGUCUCCUUGAUCCGCUCGCAACUCACACCUCGCCUGGGGGUGCUCGCAUACAUCUCGGCUUCACCGGUACGCACUACGAUGAGGCCGCUGCUCAGCUCGAGGGCUUCUCGCGACCCAUCUGGGGUCUGGCGUCGUUCUUGGCCGGAGGCGGGUCGUACGUGGGCGCCGAAAGAUGGGUGAGAGGCUUUGCUAACGGGACGAAUCCUGACCACGAAGAGUUCUGGGGGAACAUGAGAGACAAGGAUCAGCGGAUGGUUGAGUGUUCUGCUAUUGGCUUUUCGCUCGCUGUAGCCAAGGAACACCUGUGGGACCCGUUGCCUGCUGAGGGAAAGAAGAAUCUCGAAGCGUGGCUUGCCGGAAUGAACGACAAGGAGAUGCCGAACACCAAUUGGCUUUGGUUCAGGGUCUUCGCUAAUCUCGGACUGUCGAAAGUAGGUUCGCCCAAGUUCGACGGAAAGCGGAUGAAGGCGGACAUGGACCACCUCGACACCUUUUACAUUGGGGACGGAUGGUCUCGCGACGGUCCGGAGGGAGUAGUCCAGCUCGACUACUACUCGUCAUCGUUCGCCAUUCAAUACGCCCAGUUGGUGUACUCCAAACUCGCCCAGACAGAAGACCCCGAGCGCUGCGAAGAGUUUCGCAACAGGGCGCGCAAAUUUGCGCUGGACUUCGUAUACUACUUCGAUCCUGAAGGACGCGGUGUAACCUUCGGACGAAGUCUGACUUACCGCUUCGCGAUGUCUUCGUUCUGGAGCGCCUUAGCAUUCGCGGAUGUUGAACUGCCUGCGCCGCUCACAUGGGGUGUCGUGAAAGGUCUACAGUUGCGCAACAUCCGGUACUGGGCCAGACAGCCCGGUGCCUACAAUUCAGACGGCACACUCACCAUUGGCUAUUGUUACCCGAACCUUAACAUGACUGAGAACUACAACUCACCAGGAAGUCCGUACUGGUGCUGCAAGUCCUUCAUUGCGCUUUCUCUUCCGACAUCCCACCCAUUCUGGGCCUCCCCAGAGGAACCGUACCCCGCAUCACUUCUCAACACGACCAAGUCGCUCUAUAAGCCGCUGCACCUCGCCACACACCUUGGCGGGCACACCUUCAUUCUCUCCUCCGGCCAGCAAUGCUCCUACCCCGUGAAGCAGUCCGCGGCCAAGUACGGCAAGUUCGCGUACUCUGCCGCGUUCGGCUACAGCGUCCCCUCAGGCAGCCUCACCCUCGAGGAGCAUGCCGCGGACAGCGCGCUCGCGCUCAGCGACGACGCAGGCGAGGUGUGGAAAGUGCGACGCGCGACGAAGGAGGCGCGCUUUGAGCGGGCCGCGGCAGGCGGGCACGAGUGGCUCCGCUCGAUGUGGUACCCCUGGCCGGAUGUCGCUGUCGAGACGUGGCUCAUUCCGCCGGCGGGGGAUGCCCCGCUCUGGCACCUUCGUGUCCACCGCAUUCGCACGAAGCGCGCGCUGCUCUCCGCAGAGGGCGGUUUCGCGAUCUACGGCCAGGACUCGAACGAUCGGGCGCUGGGUUCCGCAACGGGCGAGGCGUUUGGGACGCUGGAGAGCGGUGGCGAGGCGAGGGCCGCGUCGAAGGCGGGCGCGUCGGGCGUGGCGGAGCUGAGCACAGCGGGGAGGUUGGGCAAGGCACUGAGGACGGAUCCGAAUACCAAUUUGAUGGUACCGAGAGCGGUGCUCCCAACGCUUAUGGGUGAACACGCGCCGGGGGAGAAUGAUGUUUGGCUUGUGACGGGUGUGUUUGGUAUCCCGAGCGUGGGUGACCAGGAAGGGGCGCGGGCGGGCUGGGAGGCGGAGUGGCACAAGAGACCGACCGUUCCGGAGGAAAUCGCAACGUUGAUUGGGAAAUAA